UAUGAUAAAUCAGGAAUUUAUGAUGACAAAAUUCAAGUAAUGAAGGGGGAAGGUUAUUUGGGAGGAGUACUUGUGGUUUCACUUGGUUCUAAACGUGUUUUAACUAGAUUAGUAAACUUUAAAAAAACAAAUCUAAAGUUUUCUAUAAGUCAAAAUUAA